UUUCCUUCAUCUGCCAAACUUUACCGCAGUUCUAUCCAGGUUCUUUUUCCCAGUGAUGUUUGAGUUUGCUAUGAAAUUAUUGCAAGUUGUGUGUAGGUGUGUGUAUUUUUUUUGUCUUUUUACAUGCUGCCCUGCAUGUUUUAGGGUUCUACCAUACGCGGCAUCUUGCUUUGUGGUGUUUUUCUUGGCCUAGGUGGGAACUCUGGGGUCGCGCACCUCGUGGCUUUGAACCACAAAAUCUGACAGUACUGUGAGUUUUUAAGCACCUUCUCAAAUGACCCAUUUUAAUAACCUGAAAGCUAUUAUAUAACAAGCAACCCUAAAUUAGUACCAGGCCCUAGGGGAACCCUCACAGCUCAGCAAUGAAUAGUUAAUGCGGUAGAAUGUUGAGCAGGUUAUUUUUUGCUGUACAAAUGCUGAUCAGGGAAUGCUUUUUAUUAAGGUGUUUAAAAGAAAAUAUAAUUAACCGGUUGUGUACUUCUGUUGCAGCUCAAAUUGAAAUUAUUCCAUGCAAAAUCUGUGGAGACAAAUCAUCAGGAAUCCAUUAUGGUGUCAUUACCUGCGAGGGCUGCAAGGGCUUCUUCCGGAGGAGCCAGCAAAGCAACGCCACCUACUCCUGCCCGCGCCAGAAGAACUGCUUGAUCGACCGAACGAGUCGAAACCGCUGCCAGCACUGCCGGUUGCAGAAAUGCCUCGCCGUGGGAAUGUCUCGAGACGCUGUGAAGUUUGGCCGAAUGUCCAAAAAGCAGCGGGACAGCUUGUAUGCGGAAGUGCAGAAGCACCGGAUGCAGCAGCAGCAGCGGGACCACCAGCAGCAGCCCGGGGAGGCGGAGCCGUUGACUCCGACGUACAGUAUCACUACCAACGGACUCACAGAACUGCAUGAUGACCUCAGUAAUUACAUUGAUGGGCAUACCCCUGAAGGCAGCAAAGCCGACUCCGCUGUUAGCAGUUUCUACUUAGACAUUCAGCCUUCUCCAGACCAGUCGGGGCUUGAUAUUAAUGGCAUCAAACCAGAACCGAUCUGUGACUACACGCCUGCUUCGGGCUUCUUUCCUUAUUGCUCUUUUACAAAUGGAGAGACUUCUCCGACCGUGUCCAUGGCAGAAUUAGAACAUCUUGCACAGAACAUUUCUAAAUCACACGUGGAAACCUGCCAGUACUUGAGGGAAGAGCUGCAGCAGAUAACAUGGCAAACUUUUCUGCAAGAGGAAAUCGAGAACUACCAGAGCAAGCAGAGAGAGGUGAUGUGGCAAUUAUGUGCGGUGAAAAUAACAGAAGCAAUACAGUACGUCGUGGAGUUUGCCAAACGCAUUGAUGGCUUUAUGGAAUUGUGUCAAAACGAUCAAAUCGUGCUUUUAAAAGCAGGGUCUUUAGAGGUUGUAUUUAUCAGAAUGUGCCGUGCCUUUGACUCCCAGAACAACACCGUGUACUUUGACGGCAAAUAUGCUGGCCCGGAUGUAUUCAAGUCAUUAGGUUGUGAAGAUUUCAUUAGUUUUGUUUUUGAAUUUGGAAAGAGUUUAUGUUCUAUGCACCUUACUGAAGAUGAGAUUGCAUUAUUUUCAGCUUUUGUUUUAUUGUCUGCAGACCGAUCAUGGCUUCAGGAGAAGGUAAAAAUAGAAAAGCUCCAGCAGAAGAUUCAGCUAGCACUUCAGCAUAUAUUACAGAAGAACCACCGGGAAGACGGAAUCUUAACAAAGCUAAUAUGCAAAGUGUCUACUUUAAGAGCACUGUGCGGGCGACACACAGAAAAGCUUAUGGCCUUUAGAGCAAUAUACCCAGACAUUGUGCGACUGCAUUUCCCCCCAUUGUACAAGGAGCUGUUCACUUCAGAAUUCGAGCCAGCAAUGCAAAUGGAUGGGUAAACGUUUUGCCUAAGCACUUCUAGAAUGUCUGAAGUACAAACAUUCACGCAGCAAAGGAAAAAACAGAAAAGAAACCAAGACACUUUAUGUGGGCCUGCGUAGUCCUGGGGGGCCCGACACUGCACAGCUUCUGGCGAACGGGGUCAGGCAAAAGGAUGGGGGAAAGGAAACAAGCGUAGAACUUGUUUUUCUCAUGCAUUUGAUUUCCAGGAUGCCUACCGACACGGGCCCCUUUUCUGUCGCGACUUCUCACUCAUAGACCUCUGUUUACACAGAAGGAGGGCACCCAAAAUCAGGAGGGUGGCUUCCCCGGGCCACCCGCUGCCCAGACUUUUGUAGGACAAUGUUUUGUUGGUACGAGCAGGGUCUCCUGUUCUCCACCCGAAACCAGCGACUAUCGUGCAGAAGCUUCAGCAUCAGAUUUGCACAACUUGCUAAUUGUUUCAUGAAGGACGAUGGCUUCUCCCCCCUCCCGUUGACAGCCAGUAGGUGGAAUGGCACGCAGAGGGCCCAGAGCAAUAGCGACAAUAGCAUUACAAUCUAUUACAGGGUAAAUGAGCAUGAUGUCUCUAUAUAGCAAAAGAAAUAUUGUUUAUAUAUUGUUUUAAUUAAUAUAAAAUGUAGUUACUGGUAUAGCUUUUAUUGUUGAAUUGAUAAGGCACUUUCAUUUUGCACCUUUUUUCUUUUAAAUUGUAUGCUAGCCGUGUUCUUCGUUGUGCUGCACGUAUACCGGAAAUUCAAGUUUCACUGAGAGAGGUUUGGAAGGGUUCGGGACCCUCGGAGGUGUUUCCGCUGCUGUUUUCCGUAGUUCCCUUUGGAGAGAGGCUGGUUGUAUCAUGAAACACCUUCAGCGAGUUCGGAUCCCCAGGCAGGGAGGGGGCAGGGAAGACGCGUUGCUCAACUCUUCAUUUUUGCUCAUGUUUUUAAAAGACAGAUUUUUCGUAUUGAACAAAAUCCCUGUUCUUAAACCUGUUUGCCGACAUAGGGAUAAAGCGAUCUGUAUCUACUCACUUGACCAAGUAAGUUGAUUUUUAGCAGCACCUUUAAAGUCAACCCACUUACCUAAGUGACUACAUAUGGAUUCAGACAACCAAAUUUAGACAUUUGUGUUUUGGAAAUAUUGGUCCUGAAACCUUUGUUUACAUUUGUGUGCAUGGUGUGUGUGUGUGUGUGUCACUAAAUCAUAGACUGAGGAGACUUGGAGGGUACGAGACGCCUAAAGGAUCUUUUGUGUGGUCUCCAUUGAGAUGAUUGGAAGCUACACAAAAUGCCGCGGCGUUACUUGGGUCCACGGACUUAAAGCUAGGGUUGAGUUAGGAUUGCCCAAAGGUUCGAUCCCGUGCAGGUUUGCACAGCAAAAAAGCCUGCGGUUCCCAGCAUGCCCCAGUCAACCUGAAUGGUGGGCCUCAUUCCUAUCUCAACUGGUAUGCAAUGUGUGGCUUAAAUCUAGCUAGUAUUUAAGUUCGGGUGGUGGUUUGCUGUGUGGCUGCACUGCUUCCUUUUUGGACCGUGAAGCGCGGAUAUCCAGCUCACUCCACACUCCAAAAACUAGGCAAGGCCAUUUGAACAGGUUCCCGCAGCAUCCGAAGUCAAAAUUCACCCGAAUCGGCUUUGCGCCUGCAAAGAAAUUGGUUUUAAGGAAUGCUGCACCCUUUCGCCCUCUGUACCCAGAAUCAUACUGGUGGCACUGCCCAGGAUAAUCAGUUCUGUGACUAAUGGAUGAAGUCAAAAUGGCGAAGCCAAUCCUAAAGAAACAAACCCUUGGAAUGGCCCAAGCUGCGUGCAUUUUCCCUUUCAAUAUUCCAUUCUUUCCCUCAGGUUCAGCUCAAGAGGCAGGAGGCUGGGGGUCUCCGCUGGAUGCAAACUGCAAGGUUGCCCUUUUGCACAAAUGACUUUCCACACCAAGAUGGCAGUCUGGGUGCACUUGGCCUUCUUGGUGGGGCAAGUAGACCGCCAUGAUGGCUUUGAAUUAGGCUACCUGGAAGUAUCCAGCACCUACCGCUGACACUGAGUCUCCCAAAAGCAAAUUGCUGUCUCACACAAACUGUAGGGUUGCUUCAAGCAAUGGUGAAUCACACAUCUGGGUUCCGUUUGUUUUCAGAAGAGGAGGAGGAAAACAAAGACACAGUCUUGCAUUUGUGGAGCUCUGGGGUGCUGCUCCUUAAAAAAACAACACAUGUUAAAGGUUUUUGUUAGACUGAAAAAAGAGCUUUUCCCUUGAGCAUUUCUGCAGUCUCUUGGGACUUCCUUCCAAGCGUAGCAAUUCCAUAUGAACCUAGACAUGUCUGAAGCAUAAUUCCAAUGUAAUUCAUUUUAGGGAAUAUUUUUACUUAAUCUAGAAUGCCUGAGAUUGCUUACUAAGGUUGCAGUUCUACAUAUCCCUACCUGGAAGUAAGUCCCAUUGAGCUCCAUAAGACUUACUUCUGGGUCACGCAUGGGAUUGUGCUGAUAGGCUUGGUUUAUUCACCCAGAAUGUUUUAACUCAAUCUGUUGCUGACUCCCUGAUCCGUCUCUGUUUGCAUUAAAUCAUCGACCCUACUGAACACGGGAAGCUAGAAAUGGGAACCUUUUCCAUACCCUUUUUUUUGGUAUUAUUUUUGACAGAUGAAGAGCUCUGGAUUAUUCCAAAGUUCACUGUUUGCUCUGACCACCUUUUUGAUGAUGGAAAUUUAUCAAACUUUAAAGUGCUGUAAAGGUUUGUGUCAUUAUAGCUGGCUAUUCAAUAAGUUCUACUUCCUAUCCGUUAUUUUUUAAAAGUAAAAAGUUAAACUGUCCCAAGACGUCUAUAGGACGGUAUAGAAAAGUUUUGGACGUGCACAUGGUGGGCAUGUCGUGAGCGGAGCCGGCUGGAGUCGGGGGUCAGACUAGAUGGCCCAGGAGACCCCUUCUGACUCGUUCGGUUUCUCUGUUUCUAAAUAAAUAAUAAAUAAAAGUAUUUUUUUUAUAAUCUAACAUCCUUCAGUAUCCAGAUGACAAAUCAACAAGCUGUCUUAGACAUGAGUUUUAUCGAGGUUUAUGAAAUAAAGUCCAGAAAAAAUAUUGGUGUCAACCAUCUUUUGCAGUUUGUAUGCCUAAGGCCUUUUUUGCAUUACAAUACAUGACCUCUGGGGAGGUAAGAAAGUCUUUUUAACCAGCUGGAGUGCGAUUGCAUGCUAGAGGGUUGUAGGUUGCAUGAUUCACACAUUUGCGGUAAUAUGGAAUUGCUACGAAGGAAGCUGCCAGAGAAUCUUUGUGCUGGGAUCUGCCUUGGAUCCCGGUUAGCCUUUUCUUGGAACCCUUGAGAAAUAUACAGGCAGCUCAGUCAGUCAAGAGACCUGAGGCUAACAUUUGGUCUCGACAGUCCGUUCUAGGACUUAGUUUUUCAGUAUCCCGUGAAGGGAAGGCAAAUCUUGAUGAAUUCCAAAAGGCCGUAAUGUGCAAGCAAACGGGGACACGGUACAGUUUGCACUGAACUUAGAACCAGCAUUAAAUCAGAGGCUGAGAUUUGGCUGUGUGAGCCAAAAUCCCCUUGAUGCCCGAUUGACCUACCCUGGCCUAGUUCGCACCGCCCCAAAGGCCGAGCACUUUGGGAUCACGUAGGGCCGCCGCUCAUGCAGACAUGCCGUUCGCUUGUGACAGUGCUGCUGCGGAAGGGGCUGUGCGUUUGGUUGCCAGCAUUUGGGGUCGUCAUCCCAUGAGUUUCUCCAAAUUGUGCCCUCAGCGUCAUCUAUGCUGUCCAGGCAUUUAUGCGGGCGAUAUUAAGCUAGUACGAAGCAAUCCGGUGCAUGGGGUGAGCGAAUAGGAAACACAAGCAGGCCCCAUUAUGGCGUUCCCUUCCUGGGAUCACCAGGGAUCCACCUUGAGGCUUUGCUUACUCCACGGUUUCAUGCACACAGGUGUGCAUCCGGAGCACUGUUCCCACAGGAGCUUGUGCUGUUCUGUCAGACAGACCUUAUAAACAUGCCGUGUGUGUUUCUUUGUAGAAAAGGUUGAGACCGGAAGCUUGGUGGGCUUGGAUUAUAUCCCAUGAAUGGAAUUCUGAAAGGGUCCCGAAUGUCAUUGCUUCUCUCACCCAUUCUGCAGGAUUUGCAAAUUAGUCUGGAGCUAUUUUCGGAAAUGCAAAUCCUGUUCAGUACAUGGGCAGUGCCUCUCCAUCUGCAAAAGUGUUAUUUAUUUUAGUCAAGGAACUGGAACGAAACGUCAGUUCUGUGCUUUAUGGAGUCUGUGCUUCAAGCAAGCUAUUCUGUACUCGAGUUCUCUGAAGGUGACCAGCCUCAGGUGCCCAUCUGGUUAAAGUUCAGCUUAACUAAGACCGCAGCAGCUCCCAACCCAGGCCUAGUUAAGGUCUUCCAGUUACUCGAGGCAAAAAAGUAUCAAGUGGGUUUAAGAGAGGAGCAAACUGGAGUUGCUUGUGGCGGUUAAUAGGAUAACUGUGUUUUCACACCAACUUCCAAUCAAGGCCUGUGCUACUGUUACUGCGAGUUUCUGCUGGCUUCCUGACAUGAGGCGUUUGCUCGGCGUCUCUCCGAGGCUUCUUUUUCUGUUUUCUUUGUGUGUGUAAGAGCACGUCCUUUGCACGCUUUUCUUUCUCUGUCUUCCUGUGGCUUCCAUUGCCCAGCAGAAGGCGGCAUUGCAGUAGCUGAAAUACCUGGCCUUGUUUUGGCUCAGAGAAAGCCGAUUAUUCUUAGUUCUUUAAAAAAAAAAAAAAAAAGCACAGGAAGUGCUGCAAAAUAUCAGCGAGGCCCUGGAGGAAAACAAAGCUACGCAAAGCCCCCCCAAGCCAGCUUGAAUAGCGAACCGCAAGCAUAGGGCGAAUUCCUUGCGUACCGAAGCUCUAGUCUUUCGUGGCUGUUUUCCCCCCCAUACAGAAUAUGCCUAGAGGAUGGAGUUGUCCUUACUUCCAGUUAUGUCCCUAAACGUGGGAGUCGUUUGUGCUCCUUUUUGAAAGUCAAGCACUUUAUGUCUAAACGUUAGACACGCCAUUAUCUUAAGUGAAAAUCGUGGACGCUGCUAGUCACUGGUCAUAAACUAGUGCGGAGAUGUUUGAUUCAUCUCAAGUUAUUCGCGAAUUACGCUUUGGCAAUGGGAAAACGGUGAGAUCUCUUGCUGAUGGCUCUUUAAAAGAGGACAUGCAAAAGGACUCGCGACGGAGUGAGCAAUUUGUUGUUCUCAGCAUUGGAGCAGGGAGAAAACUUAUCUGACCAAAAAGAAUAAAACAAAAGCCCAGUACUUGAGAUUAAGGUCUAAAAUCUGAAGAUGGCUGCUGGAAAACUUGCAGGCUGCAGGCUGAAUUUAUAGAUAUGAAAUGUGGCAAUACUUGUCUUUCCAGACUCUACUAUAACCUUUGAAGUUAUAUAAAAUAGCAGUAGCUGCUAGAAUAACUCCAGAAAGAUGUCUGUUCCACUUGUUUUGGGUUUUCAUCUUUCAUCCCAUGUUCCUGGACAUAUGGCACUGAUGUUUUCUUCAUCUCGUUUCUCCUUCAAACUUCUAAACAUUUGUGUAGUCCUGGGCCACAGUGGUGUCCUUUUCUUCUCUAGCAUGUUCCUGUUAUUUUUAAAUUAUGAAAUGACCUGACGUGAGAUACUGUUUUAAGUUUGGUGGUUCUUUUAUGGAGGUUUUCUAUCAUCCUUAUUUGGAUACCAAGGUCUGAAUGUGUGAUCAUUGUACGUUUGGGGUGUACGUGUGUGUGUGCACGGUUGCUUCUAGGCCAUUAAGUGUCCAUGGAAUAAAGAAAAUGUGUUGAAGAUAUUUAAGUCAAAAAAUAGAAGGUGGAAAAAAAUUCUAUUAUAAAGCCUUGUCUGGACCACUUAGAGAGACUUCUAUUUUUUUAACCCUUCUAUAAAUAUUUGAUGGCACUUGAAAUAUUCCUGCAAUAAAAUGUGAUUUGUGUAAAGAUUAACAAACAAGCAGAUUUUGUAAUGUGAAACAAUGAAAGAAAGCAAUGUAAUUUUUCUAAAAAAGAAAAAGAAAAAACAAACUAACCAACUUUGUAUUAUUUUUGUUGAUGGAAUUUGUCUACUUGUCUUUGAAAAACUUUUUAUUUCAUUGAAUGUGCCAUAGCAGGAGAUGUGGGUAGUGGGGCUUCAUUUUAAGUUUUAGAUCACAGAAAAGCUACUUGUGUUACCGACAUUCCAUAACGUGCGAAGACAUAGCAUAAUCAUUAAAAGAAAAGAUGUAUUAGUAAGCUUCAAUCAUUGUUGCUUUUUUGCACAUAUUCGUCAUUCCUCUAUAGUGCAAUAUGUACAUAGAGCACUUGCAGGUUUUAACCUUGAUCCCUCAGGGAAAAAUACAUAUUUGUUGUACAGGUUGGUUUCCCCACUCCCUCCUUUUUUUCUUUUGCUAAGGAUUGUUGAUUGAAUCACUUGUUGUCAAGGGGCAGCCAGAUAAUAAUCCUAACGCCACUGCCAAAAAGCAUUGACCAUCCAUGCCCUGCCUUUCACCAUUUAAAAAAAAAAAAAAAUCUGACAGUUCUUUGUGUGAAUUGGGGAAGAAAAAGGGUAUAUAAGCACCUUAUGAUUGAUUUAACUGUGAAUGACAAUCCAUCUUGUUAUCAGUAAUAGAUGCCCUAUCAUUCAGAAGCUGGGGUUUAAAAGUCUGAAACUAACAUGUGCUCAGGGAUCUUUAAAACUCUUGAACAGGGUGGCCAGUACUUCUGGGAAAAUUGCUUUUUGAAAGUUUAGUACCAUCCCUCCAUUGCGCAACUGAACUGGGCAGACACACGCUUGUCUGAAUGGAAAUCGGUUUCCAAACACCUCUUCUGCUUGAUCCUGCCAGCAGUUGGCACAAAAUACAACAAACUACUUCCAAAGCAGCAGGGUGUUUUGUGUAGUGUGUUAGAGAAGAGAGCUAAUUUUGAUGCAUGCAAUGAACCAUUCUAAUGUUUCUCAAUGUUCGGAAAAACUUCCUGUUGUAGAAUUCUCUAUGCCAUCUUGCUGAAUGUGGAGAUUUUAGAAAAUAACGGUAGACAAACCAGAGUAUGCUAGCAGAUACGGCCGAGCCAACUUGCCCUAUAUUUUCUAAAUUUCUUCCUUUAAAAAAAAAAAAACAGUUUUGAAAGGCUUAAUUGGGUACCCAUAGAAUUUUGGCUUCAUAAUGUCCAAAGUACAUACUUUCAUGUAAAAAUAAAGGUACAAUCAUGGGCAAAUUUACGCAGGAAGAAAGCCUUACAAUUCUGGGAGAUGUUAGGAGUUGUGGGGCUUUUCUGUCUCUAAACUGCAUAGGAUUUCCCUUUGGUGUCAGUAUUCCGCAACACAGAAUCCAUCAUUGGUGCUUAAAUUCACUGUACCACACAUGUUCAAAAGCUAUGAACCCUAACUCAUCAUUACCAUUAGUAACUCAGAACGCAAGCAGAAUAUUACACUGCCCAGACUUCUGACACGUACGUGUUUCUGCACUUGAACAAAAUAAAACCAAAAAAAUUAAGUGAUGCAGUAUCAGCCCGCAUGUAAUUCCAAAACUAAUAAAAAAUAUGUAGCAACUAACAAGUGCCAACUCUGUGCCAAACAUGGGGGCAUAGCGAAGAUUUCCAGGCCCAAAUUGGAGUGUGCACAGGACACUCUCUUGGAGGUGGGAUGCUGUGUCCAGGUUUGUUAAGAAUCAUGAGAUGCUGUAAAGGAAAUAAAUAAGACAAGAAUUUGCAAGUCACGCUAGUUAACAGUCAGGCCAAAGAAAGUUUGAUUUCAUCAUCUCAGCUAUCCAUCUGGAUUUUCUUCCCCAGCCACCCUUUCUUAAAGUUCCAGAUCCUGUCUCCUACCUGUUGUGUUUUCCGUUCCAAUUGCUAUGGCAUUGCAAUACAUUUAUUCAUAGAAACCACCAGAGAAAAGGAAACAUAAUCUCCCAUGACACGGUCAUCUUGUGUUUAUGUUACGGCUCUCCUUUGAAAGGGUAGAUUGUAGAAAUAAUCUUUUUUUUUUUUUUUGCCCUGUCCAAUUUAUCUUUUUGCAACUUAAGCCUAAAAUAUACUGUAUGAGAAGUACUCAAAUGUUUUAAAGGCUUGUUUGCAUACUGCAAAGCAGGUGUGUUGAAUCUUUCAAACUGAAAAUGUUGAAAUGCCACUUCUACAACAGUAAGAGGCAAAAAUUAAGUUAAAUUAAAGUGUGUUUUGGAUGGGCUUCCUUGGAAAUCAGCCCCCAAUAGAUGAUUUGAUCUUACAUUUGGCAUUUGGGCUGAAAGCAGUUUGACACCCCUGUUAUAAAGAUCUUCAAAGCUGUCGGCAAAGCAUUGCUUGGAGAAGGAAUAGUUGUAGAAAAGGAUCUGUUCAUUCACUGGAUCCGAAGCUUUGCUCCGGGAUAUUACAGAACAGCGAUGACAGUUUCACUGCCCUGUCACACCUGCAGAGGGGAUAAAACCGCAGUGCCGUGGCCAAACUAGCAGUCUGUACGUCUUUUGACAGAACCCAAGACAUCUGCUUCUCAGAUUCCUUCCUUAGACCCACCUGAAAGCUUGCGGAGCUGAUGUAAGGCAUCGAGGGGGUCAGGAAGAAGCGGUGGAAAUGUUGCAAAAGCAACAUUUCUCUGCAGCUAUAUAUCCCGUGAUUUAAAAUGGUUCUUAAGCAAUCCUAAAACGUCAGUGACAGUGUGAAUUAGUGGAAUAUUUGUGGCUUUUAACACUGCUUCAGUGGCAUACUCCUGUUAAAGGGAAAGUCUGAUACAGUUAACCAGUUCAUUGCCAGUUGAUUAACGUGUUACCAAAAGGGAAAGUUUUAGAAACAGCCCAUCACUGUUCCCUUCUCUGGUGGGAUUGCGCUAUGAUAAUUCACUACUAAAAUGCCAAUUCAAACAGGUACGUGGACAUGGCAUGCUUAAAACUCUACAUUUAAAUUAGCUUGUCCUUAAACUUUUUUUUAAGAUUUGGAGACAACUCCAGGAAUGAAAGAGGAUGCAAUCUGCCAUUGAUUUAAGUAUAUGUAUGCCUCAAUUUUCACAUUUCUUGGAAGCAGGGCAUAAUAUUAACUCUUCAGAGCAAUAAAUCCACUUAAUCCAAAUAUGAAAAGCUUAGUUCCUGUGCACUGAGGCAUUUUGAAAGUGCAAGCUAAGAGUCAUCCUUCAAAUGCUAGAUUUUACUAAGCGAAUGCAAGUGUCUUUACCACUCAUCCCACUGCACCUUUGGACACAAACCACCCCACCUGCUGAGCUCAUGGCAUGGCACCUUUAUGCUACAUUCUUUCUUUGUCGUGUAUUUUUCACGAUACACACUCGGUCCUCACCCGUACUCCUUAGCAAGUUUUACUGAAGAUGCAUAAAUGUGCAGGACCCGGAAACCUGUUUGUUAUUCUCGUAUCGAAAUGCAGAAAAUUCAUAAGCAAUACCGUGAAGUUUAUUUCACAAACUGCAGAGGUACUGUAUAUAUAUUUUCCUAAUUCCAAAAUUUUCUAUUUUGACUCGACAAAUUUGUAGAAAGAAACCACAGUGGUAACUCUUUUGACUAUUAGGGCAUUAACUGGCUGCUUCUUUAUACGUAACUCUAUUGUCUGUCUGCUCCUUUUUUCGGAGAUGUGUUUUUGUAUGGUUGUUUGAGCCAAUGGGAGGCUUCUAGCUAUGAUGUAUUUUCCCACUUUAAAUAUAUUUAACGUACGACAAACCCCAGACAAGGCUUUUAAAAAUGUAAGGAGAACUGCAGUGUUAGUUGGUUUAUUUGCAAACCUGUUUUUCAGUGCUGUCCAUUUUAUGGCACCUUUAACAAUAUUCUUGUUUCCAAAGUACAAAAUAAAGGUUAAAAAAUACUCUAGCCAUAACUGAAUGUCAAGCAAUAAAAACAAUGACUUUUUGUGCAUAGAUUUAAAAGAAAUACAAAUUUUAGACAUCUGCAUGUAAAUGCAAAUCUCUUGUUUACCUGCUUUCUUAAACUCGGUCAACCAACUCCUUAUUUUACUACUAAUUUAAGGACUUGUAAUGGCCUGUAUACAUUUUCUCUUGCUCUAAUUCUUAUGUCAUUAUCUUUGUCCCAGCUUCUGAGUCAUACUGUUGAGUGUUGCUCACCUUCUGUAUGGUUAUAACUAUUUUACUUUCAUUCUCUAUAGAUAAAGAUAUACUAUUUAAAAGGCCUAUGCGGUGCAAAUAUUUAUCUGUUUAUCAAAUACCACAUUAUACUGUAUAAUAUCUGUUUUACUAUAUACUCUAUUUUAGAAAUAGCUGUUUAGAACUAGAGUGUGCUAUUUUUGUGUUUUUCUGACGUGUGGUGCUCGUUGAGUUGGUUUUUUUGAACAAAUCUCCCUUUCCCACUUUAUUCCAAUACCACAUGGUGGGUCUUGUACAAUUCACUGAAUAUUUCUGUGUAUAUGCCAUAUACACACGGACACGCAUGCCCAGCUGCGUACCCUGUAUCAGAGUACUAGACUGGGGGCAUCGUUUUCUCUCUGAAUAGAUAGUAUCAUUCUAGAAAGUUCUCUCUAGCAUAUUGAACCGGAGAAAAUUAACUCCUCAGUCCCGAUAUUUGAUAUCCACUGUCGUUUCUUUUCUCGCCUCCUUUUCUCCCCCGUGCAGCCCCCAGGCGUACGGCUAAAGAUCUGUAAAACCGCUCAAGCCAAGCUGUUUUUUUAGUGCUGCAUUCCUGCAAGCACGUCGUGGAGAAGACCAAGCAGGUCACUUGUGCGCCAAAUGGCUCUUCUCUGGAAUCCGUAGAAUCCUCGUUCUUCCUGAGAUUCAGUGCUCGCAAUUCCUUCAUGUUGCAAUUUGGUAUCCCUAGAAUCCAUAGUUGAGGACUAUAUCGCAGGGACAAUAAUGCCCUCUGGGGCUGCGGAAAAGGAGAGUUUACACUAAAAAGUGCCCAGCCACGAUUCAGAGAUCUAGUGGAGGUGAGAGAGAAUUAGUAUUCCAGGGGUGAAAUCCGCCGGCAUCUGAAAUACUCCGUUCCGUCCUGGGUCUGACACUCGAGCAGCCCUGCGGCAUCCCCCUGUGGGCAUCACACAUCCCCACAAACAAUCCUGUGGGGAUAGACACCCCCCACGCGCAAGCUUAUGUCUCGGGACCCCAACAUUCCUAGGGUGUGCAAGGAAAAGCAGUGCAGGUGGGGGCUCUGCCGUGACCACGAAGGAUCGAGAAAGCCCCUCCCCACGCCAGACAAGCUUGUCCUUCCAGGAGGGGCAGGAUGCCUGCGUACGUCUCGCCCGCAUUGUGCGUCACCCAAGGCCAGAACAGUGCUGCGGUGGAUGCGACACAGCUGUGCGGGCCCACUGGCCCGCUUCAGCCUUUCUGGGUACCCGCAGCUCCACUGUGCGAGAGGCCCGGGAUCGCCAGCCUGGGACUGAAGUCCCGGAUACCUGUGCACCUGAGGGCCUUCCUCCUCAUUCUUCCCUGUAAGAGAGGGACUUCCCUGUAUGCAGAAGGGACAAUUCCUUGGGCACGCAGCCAGCCCCCUCGUAAACAAAAUAGGGCAGGUUCAGGCACACGCCGGCAACUGGAUAAACAUUUUGGUCUGAGGUUCUGAGACCGCAGAAACCGCCAGGACUGAAUCUCAGCAAAGACAUAACCCCAUGAAUCGUACUUUCUUUCAGUGUGCACGGGGUAUACAGCUGGUCCCCAGAGCUGCAAACCUAAGACCCGUUGCUUGCAAGCACGCCUGGGGAAUGAGUAAGACUUGCUUUUAGGAAGGCGUAGGAGUGUCCUUAGCGCUCAGACAGGUUGCUGGUCGCGCCAGAGAGCAAUGAAUGCAUCUUGCGAGAUGUGGAUCAGCUUCUUGCUGUCCCUGCUUUACCAGUCUGUUCCCCUCAUGCUUUUAAGCAUGGGCACUUCUCUUGCUCUGAACUAGAAGCAUGCUAUAAAUCCCAAAAAUUAUCACAGAGGGUGUGUUUGUGCAGUUCUUGCCAGCACAACAAAUUGCACAGCCUAAUUCUGAACUGAAUUUGGCAGCGAAAAUGACCACUAUUGGGAAAUAGUGACCUUUUAAAUAAACACAUCGCUGUGGUACCAGUUUUGCUAGAACUUCGCCCCUUUUGUUCACCACCCGUUUAAUCUCUUGCAAAAACUUAAUGGAUAUCAAAUAUCUAACAUGGGGAAUCAAUGAACUUUAAGAUAUUUAUUACAACACUUUUCUGUACUAUUACUGAAGUUAUAAGAUCUUUAGCAAAGAUUUUUGAAGAAUUUAAGCUGUUUGUUUACUGCACUUUUUGAUACUAGAGGCUAGUGAAUAUUACAGCCACGAGCCCUUCCCCAUGCACUGCGACCCAUUAUUCUGGAAUCAAAAUACAAAUUGUAUCUGCACCCCUGGCUACAUUUUAAUGCAUAGAAAGUUUAAGUACAAUCACUUUCAGGAUAAUUCGUUUGAAAAAGUUGCUUUAACAAUUGGCCACCUUCUUUCAGGUGCAAGUCCUUGGUUCUUUUUCAUUCCCUCUCUGCUUCAAGGCACCUUUAAACGGAGGAUAUUUUAAUUUGUCUAAUGUUUGUGUCACAUGCUAUAAACUGGUCAUGUUUCCCCUGAUUGUUUUGCCUCCAUUGUUUUAUAAAUUAUGCAAGUUUGUGUGAGUACUCUUUCUCAUGUAAUUAAAUGUCUGAAGAAUAAGAAUAAAUGCUGAUUAUAAAUAUGUAUUGGUCUGAGGAUUAAGCACAUAAACAUCACCCACCUCACUGAGUAACACACUCAGUCUUCUGUAAAUAACUGCAAAUUGACAAAAUUCUGUACUGUACCUGCAAAAAUGUGUUGUCUUAUGUGUACAGUAUGUACAAAUUCAUUUUCUAGCUAUGAUGCAAGCAUAAGCCAUUGAGAGGAAUAUUAAAAAUAAUAUUGUAAUAACACUUCGCUAAUGAUCUUUGCCCCGUUAUCACCUAACCUUUUCACUUCUGCCAGAUCUUUAGAACACACCUUUGACUUCUCAGCUUAGACUCAACUGUUUGUUAUUUUAUUCUGAUCCUGAAUAAAGUAUUUUGACUCAUUUUGUAAAUACAACUGUAAAAUUAAGAGAUUUAAUGUUGUCUUUUAAAUACUCUGAUUUUCAUUCUAAUAUGAAUGUUGUUAUAUUGUACUUAGAACCUGUACCUUUAAUAUUACAUUACCUUUAUUAAGUGCAUUGAACACAUCAAUUUUAGAUGUGCUUUAUGUACUUUUCUCCUGUAAUAAAACGUCAGCUUCUAAUGGAAA